AUUCAAUUUCAAAAGAAAUUAGGGUCUUCUUAAACCUCCUCUUUAUAAACCCCAGCUAUACAUUUCUGUUUCUCUCUCUCCGUGUCUCGCGUUAUUCCUUGCACAUUUUCUCGAAGCGUAGCAGUUCAAACCUCCAUCAACCAGCUUAGGGAAGAAUGGCUCUACCGAAUCAGCAGACUGUUGAUUAUCCAAGCUUCAAGCUUGUGAUUGUUGGCGAUGGCGGUACAGGGAAAACUACUUUUGUAAAAAGACAUCUUACAGGCGAGUUUGAGAAGAAAUAUGAGCCAACCAUUGGUGUGGAAGUUCAUCCCUUGGACUUCUUCACAAACUGUGGGAAAAUCCGAUUCUACUGCUGGGACACAGCUGGACAAGAGAAGUUUGGUGGUCUUAGAGAUGGAUAUUACAUCCAUGGCCAAUGCGCUAUCAUAAUGUUUGAUGUCACUGCCCGGUUGACUUAUAAGAAUGUGCCAACAUGGCAUCGUGAUCUCUGCAGGGUUUGUGAAAACAUCCCCAUUGUUCUUUGUGGAAACAAGGUUGAUGUGAAAAACAGGCAGGUGAAGGCAAAGCAGGUUACCUUCCACAGGAAAAAGAACUUGCAAUACUAUGAGAUUUCAGCAAAGAGCAAUUACAAUUUUGAGAAGCCUUUUCUGUAUCUUGCUAGAAAACUUGCUGGGGAUCCUAACUUGCAUUUUGUCGAGUCUCCAGCCCUUGCACCUCCAGAAGUGCAAAUUGACCUGGCAGCACAGCAACAGCAUGAGGCUGAGCUUGCCGCUGCUGCUAGUCAACCUCUUCCAGACGACGAUGAUGACACAUUUGAGUAAAGCUUUGAUAAGGAUUGCUUUUAGAAGAAGUUUUUAAUAUUUAGUGGCCAUGAUGUGUCUCAUGUCCAAAAUGAAUUUGGACCGACUUGUUUCUUUCUUCUGGGUUACAAUUUUUACCCUUUCGUCUCGAGUUUUCUUUUUUA